UUGGCGUUGACAGUGUAACUUGGCAAUGGGCGCCGGCGGGUCGGUCGACGAUGUCCCGCGGAAGCUGCAGAACUUCAUCGCGAUGAAGGCGUACAACCUGCGCCAAGCGUCGGGCAUGAGCAUCGCGCAGCAGUUUGCACCGCUCAAGCAGACGCACCCGACGACCAAGGACGAGGUGCUCGACUUUGACGCGCUCUGCAGCUACCUCCAGAUCCCGAGCGCGCGCCAAGCCAGCCUCCGCGCGCUCUUUCAGCUUCACGACAAUCACCUCCCGUACGCCGACUUGCUGCGGCUUCUCGAGCAGCCUGCUGCCACUGCGCCGACGCGGGCGCCGGCGCCGUCGAGUGCGCGACCAGUGCCACCGCCCGCCACGACGCAGCUCGUGCGCAUCGAAGUGGCUCGGCCGAGCCUCGCUGCGAGCGGCGCGUCGUCGAUUGCGCUUGUACCCGGUCUCUGGAAGAAACGCGAAAUCACAAUCCAAGAGCGGAUCGUCGAGUACACCAAGAUCGACGAGCAUGGCGUGCCGCAGAACCUCAUCGAGAAGGAAAAGCACCAGCACGAGGUACAGGUGUCUACGCUACUUGGCGAGAUGGCAUAUCGGUCUAGAUCAUCCACAUGGAGUCGACCACCGGCGAGUUUGCCCAUCGCGAAGUGACCUACUUUGAGCAGACUGAAGAGCUCAACAACGAGGUCGUCCACCACGACACGGGCAAGGAAGAAUUUGUGCACCUCAAGUCCAAGGACGACGAGAUCUCGCACUUUGAGUCGAGCAUGCCGCAGCGACCGCCCGAAGCCUGCGAACAGCCGCCGCCGUCGCCGACGCUCAAGAAAGAUCCGAGCGGCAACAACGACGAAGAGACCCAGGACCCACAGCAGCAGCAGCAGAUGUACGAGGAACGUAGUGACGCCUAAGAUCUAGAUGGCGUGUAUUGUUUCGAGUCGUCGUUUAGUGGGCUGCGUCCUUGAACGCAAUCGCUUUGCAAAUGUAAUCUUGAAACUCUUGGCACGUG